AUGUCGUUAAGGAGAUCUGAUAGAAUAAGAAGAUUGACAGCAAUUUCAUAUUAUGUGUACUUUCAAGAAGUAGAUUUUGAUAUUGGAGAUGAGGCUGAUCCAACAAGUUUUAAAGAAGCUAUGGAGAGUCAGAAUUCAGACAAAUGGAGGGAAGCGAUGUUGAAUGAACUCGACAGCGUGAAGAAUAAUCAAGUAUGGGAAUUAGUUGAACCUCACAAGAGUUAG